GUGAAGUUGGCCGAUGGGGUCUUUUUCCCUUCUCAAGGUCAUAAUGGUGUUUUUAACCUGCACAAUCCGCCGAGGAGUGCUGAGAUUGAUGCCCAAGUGGAGGCCUUCCUGAAGGGUGGUCCGUGGAGUGUAGAUAAAUAUAUUACUGAGUUUAAGAUUGCCGCCCUUGGGAUGAUGCGGUACUUCAUCCCCGGAGAUCCUGAUUGUGGACUGUGGCCGAGGAUGUCUGGUUAUUUUGAGGAGGCCGAAGGGCCUCACCUCGGUGUCCCCGCCGAUGCCGAAGGUUGAUCUCUUGCCCUUGACUCCCCUUGUGAUUUUCUCUGCUUGUUUUUCUAACUCUUUUUGUUCUUUGCAUCUGCAGACUUCACCAUGAGUCGCAAAAUGUUCAUGGCCCAGGCCAAGAAGCAAGUUGCCAAGGAGAUGGAAGCCGCUCAACAGGCCGAAGCGUCCAAGGGUUCUGGUGACGGGACCAAAUCUCAAGCCGACGCGGCGAAGAAACCAGCGGUAAAGAGGAAGAAGGCCGUUGAGGAGGGUCAGCGUACCCUUGCCGAGACGGGUCUGAUACCGGCCCAGGGUGCCAAAAAGACGAAGCGGAACCCUCCUCUCCUUGAUGCCGCGAUGGCCGACGUGCAGGCGUCGGUUCAAGGGGAAGUUGUCUCCGACGUGCCAGUUAUCGAGGAUCUGACUUUGAAUGUCGCCUCGUCCGCCGUAGUCCCCACCAAACCUGGCGCUGUUGCCAAAGGAAGCACCCGCGCCGAUCGAGAUCCGGCUACCGGCCUGUAUGAGGUGACGGUGCGGUACCCGACCAAGGGCGGGCUGUUUAACGAGAAGGUGUCUGGCCACGACGUUUUGUUCCAGGCCAUUCCCGAUGCCGAUAGGGAGUACCUGCGGCGGCAGAGCAAGGAUGUGCGCCUCUUCGAUGGCGGCUUGGACUACGUUGUCCAGGGGGCUUUUAUGCUGAUGGAGCAGCAGCGCCGGCAAGUCGAGGAGCUUGCUCGUUUUAGGGAGGUUGAGAAGAAAGCCGCUUCUGCUGACGAGGCGCUUUCCCAGUUGGAUCGGCUCCGAGUUGAGACCGACUCCUUGAAGGAAAAGUCUGAUGCGGCUGAAAGGAGAGCCGUUGCUGCUGAGGACGAGGCGAGGCGCCUCAAAGUUCAGCUGGAUGAGGAAGCGGCUGCACGUCGGCUGGCAGAGGAAAGAGCCGUGAAGCUGGAGGCCAAUGCGACAGCGGCUGCUGAUAGAGCCAUUGAACUGUUCAUGGCUGAAGGUUGGAAGGACGAUGCCCGCCGCGAUUGGAGCUUUAACGUCGUGGCGGAGCGCUUUGAGGCGUGGUCUCAGGAGGAAGCUGGCCGAGCCCGCCUGAAAGAGGAGUUUGAAGUCUGGUACGACCUCGGCCAGAGGCGUAUGCAGAUGUUGGUUUACCGCCGCCUCCGCCGGCGUGUAAAGAACCUGAAGCCUAGGGGUAUCGGCCUUCCGCGGAUCAUGAAGGACCCCGAGGAGGAGUUAAAACUUCCCCUGUCCGAAAGGCAGCCCCCCAUCCUGAGCUCGGAUGAAGAGGACGAGCCCUGGACCGAGAGUGAUGACUAUCUCUUUCGUAGCUCGGCGCGGUCCAAGAAUACCGAGGACGAGCAAGACGAUGCGGACAGCGGAGCGAUUGAGGGUGGCCAAGGGCAAGCUGCUUAGUGUUUCUUGUACUUAGUUUACUUUCUUUAUUUGUAGUAGUCUUUAAUGGCCGAAACGCC